UAUAUGUUAUUACCAAAUAAUAUUAUUCAUGCAGUCAUGUUUACAAAGCAACCAACGUCGUUCGAUUGAAAAAUUAAUUCGUCCAUGUAUUGUGCUUGUAACUAUUGUUCAAUCGCAUAAAGAUCGACUACCUAUCGAACAUAAUAUAUAGGAAUGUCUCUGUUCAAACUGAACUGCAAACUGACGUUUUUCAAACUACGAUCACCUGCACGAUCGUACGGAAGCGAUGUAAGAAAAACGAGAUUGCACGAGUUUCACGUCCGACACGGAGGUAAAAUGGUGCCGUUCGCUGGCUACAUGAUGCCGGUCAAAUACGCUGAUAGCAUAGCGUCCUCGCACCUGCACACUCGCCGGCAGUGUUCUCUGUUCGACGUGUCGCACAUGUUGCAGACGAAAAUUCACGGCAAACACAGAGAGCAGUUCAUGGAACGGAUUUGCGUUACGGACGUACAGAAUCUGGGAACGGGAAAAAGCGUGCUAAGCUUGUUCAUCGAUGAUCGGACGGGUGGCAUACUAGACGAUUUGAUCAUAACGAAAACCGAUGGAGAUUUUUUGUACAUGGUGACUAACGCCGGUUGCAAGGAACUGGACAUGCGAAUGUUAACCGAGCAAUUGUCCGUUUUCAAAUCAAGUGGUCACGACGCAAGCUUGGAGUUUUUGGAUAGUGACGCACAGUCGCUGCUGGCCCUGCAAGGACCCCGUUCUGCGGCCGUAUUGCAAUCGUUCGUCGACGGGUCCACCGACCUGUCGGCGCUAUACUUCAUGGACUCGACCACGGCCACGGUCUGUGGUGUUCCGGAUUGCCGUGUCACCCGGUGUGGUUACACGGGCGAAGACGGUUUCGAAAUAUCCAUGCCCUCCGAUCGGGUCGAGGCGAUCGCUGAGUCGUUCGUCGCACAGGACGACGUGAAAUUGGCCGGACUGGGUGCCAGGGACACUCUGAGGUUGGAAGCUGGUAUGUGUUUGCACGGAGCGGAUAUAAGCACCGAAACGACGCCGGUUGAAGCUGCGUUGAUGUGGACCAUAAGCCGUAAGAGAAGGGACGAAUGUCGAUUUCCCGGCGCUACUGUGAUUCUGAAACAACUCAGCGACGGUGUGCAACGUAAGAGGGUCGGCCUCAUUCAAAAAGCGCAUGGGGCUCCGGUCAGGGGUGGAGCAGUCUUAUUUAACGUAGUGGAUGGUGCAAAAAUCGGUUCAGUGACUAGCGGAUGUCCGUCCCCGACGUUAUCCCAGAACAUAGCCAUGGGCUACGUGGACAGUAAAUUUUCCAAAAACGGAACGGAAAUACAAGCGGAGGUCAGAGGACAGAAGAUACCAAUGGUCGUCACAAAAAUGCCAUUUGUGAAACCAAAUUAUUAUUCCAAACCCAAAUAAUAAACAAUUUAAUAUAGUCUAAUUUAAUAUUUAAUUUACAAUAAUAUAUAUUAGAUAAUUAUCCAUCAUAGACCACUAUGUUGACGUUGACGUUGACAUUGACGGAAUAUUUGAUCUAAAAACAUGAAUAAACAAAUAUAGUGGAUAAUAAACGUACCGUUUGA